CCAAUUUCGAAGCACGAUGGGCUUUUGAAGUGAGUUCAAAUGCUAAGACUUAUACUUUUAUUUUAGUUUUGUAAAGCGAUUCAACGUUGGCAAUUUAACGAUGCCAUGCCUGGAGUUGCAUCGCACAAUGCAUGGAAUGACGUGGACGGAAUUACGGCGGUCGGGGUCGCACCCCAUGACCGCCUGCUUUGCCGGGACUCUGUCCUUGCCUCGCGAUCUCAGCCAAAGCAUGCGAGCUAAGCGGAGCCGCCUCAGCUGAAGCCAUUUUCCGUUCUGCGGGGUUCCGUUUGAGGCGAAGUCAAUGCCUGGCUUCAAUCGGUCACGGCCUCGGUUGUCGUUUCAGGAGGGUCGCGAGUGUCUAAAAACUUCCGUCGGGAAAACUUAUUCUGUAGUUGCGUUGCGAUUUUAUUUUUAUGACAUUGUCUUCUCGUCUGGAGUCUUGCAAACACAUCCCCCCCCCCCCCCCGCGCUUUAAUACGGCGUGGUGUGCUGGUUUUUCUUGUAUAGUGUUGAGAUUUUUCACUAGUUGUUACUUUUUUAUUUAUAAUUUUGUAAGCGAUCGAUUGUUAGAGGAGGAGUGUAUUUUGGUGGUGAGGUCGUGUUGAAGGAGAGAAGGAGGGAGGCAGGGAGAGAGAAAGGGAGCUCAGAGGUGGUAUCAAGUUGAUUGAGGUCUGAGUGGGUUUUAGAGUCUUGUAGCCAUGGCUGCGACGAAUGCCGUGAUGUCUGCUAGCAUCGCGAGCUCGGUUUCGAGCUUGAAGAAGUUGAAUUCGAUCCCGGGGAGUUUGCAGCAAUCUAUGGUGUUAGAAUUAAAGGUCAAGGAGAGUGUGCAGAGGUCAUCCCAGGGGCAGAGGGUGCUAAUCGCUGGCGUUCGCGGUAUGGCACCCGAAUUGGUCGAGAUGAAGCCCGCAUCUGAGGGGAGCCAGCUUUUAGUUCCUCGGAAAAAGUACUGUGAAUCAAUUUACAAGCCUAUUAGAAGGAAGACAAGGACGGUGAACGUUGGUGGAGUGACUGUGGGCAGUGAGCAUCCGAUUAGAGUGCAAACAAUGACGACCACGGACACAAAGGAUGUCCAGAGGACUGUGGAGCAGGUGAUGAGAAUUGCAGACAAAGGAUGUGACAUUGUGCGGAUUACGGUCCAAGGGAAAAAGGAGGCUGAUGCUUGCUAUAGUAUCAAGAACACUCUUGUGCAGAAAGGGUACAAUAUACCUCUGGUUGCAGAUAUUCAUUUUGCACCUCCAAUUGCGAUGAAAGUUGCCGAAUUCUUCGACAAGAUUCGUAUCAACCCUGGCAACUUUGCCGAUCGGCGUGCCCAGUUCGAGAAGUUGGUAUACACAGAUGCUGACUACGCUGAAGAACUUCGACACAUUGAAGAGGUGUUUACACCUCUAGUAGAAAAAUGCAAGAAGUAUGGAAGGGCUAUGCGCAUAGGCACAAACCACGGGAGUCUGUCCGAUCGCAUCAUGAGCUAUCACGGCGACUCACCAAGAGGCAUGGUAGAGUCUGCCUUUCAGUUUGCACGAAUUUGCCGCAAAAAUGACUUCCACAACUUCGUGUUUUCAAUGAAAGCAAGCAAUUCGGUCGUAAUGGUUCAAGCAUAUCGGCUUCUAGUAUUUGAGAUGUAUGUGAACGACUGGGACUACCCAUUGCACCUUGGUGUCACUGAGGCUGGAGAAGGGGAAGAUGGUCGUAUGAAGUCAGCAAUCGGUAUUGGUGCUUUACUCCAGGACGGUCUUGGUGACACUAUUCGCGUUUCAUUAACGGAAGCUCCAGAAGAGGAGAUCGAUCCUUGCUCAAAACUUGCAAAUCUUGGCAUGAAGAUCUCAGCAAAACAGAAAGGGCUGCCUGAAUUUCAAGAGAACCACCGUCGAUACUUUGACUUUGAGAGACGUACUGGCCAACUUCCAUUACAAAAGGAGGGGGAUCUGGUAGACGUCAGGAAUGUUCUGCACCGUGAUGGCUCUGUUUUGAUGUCAGUCACGCUUGAUCAGUUGAAGAAUCCUGAGGCUUUGUACAGAAAUUUGGCCACGAAGUUGAUCAUGGGUAUGCCUUAUAAGGAUUUGGCCACUGUGGAUACCAUAUUCUUAAAUAAGCUGCCAGCUGCUGAAGAUAGGGCAUCGAGACUUGCAGUGAAGAGAUUGACAGACGUUGGUAUAGGAGUGCUGACUCCUGUAGCUGAGCAGCUUGUGAACUCACUUCCACAUGCAAUGGCCCUCGCUACUCUUGAUGAAAUCGCUUCUGGAACCCAUAAGGAACUGCCCACAGGCAUUCGUUUAGCGGUUACUCUUCGUGGAGAUGAACCAGAAGAGAAACUUGAGAUGCUGAAGGAUCUGGAUCUCAUUAUGUUGUUACAAUAUCUACCAGAAGGCGAUGAAAAAUCUAGCCAUGUACAUGCCUCUCGAAAAUUGUUUGAAUAUCUCCAAACAAAUAAACUAGACUUUCCAGUUAUUCAUCAUCUUAAAUUCCCAGCAAACACGCACAGAGAUGAUCUAGUUAUUAAAGCAGGCAGUGAAGCUGGCGCUAUGCUUGUCGAUGGUCUUGGGGAUGGAAUCAUGUUGGAGGCUGCCGAUCAGGACUUCGACUUUAUAAGAAACACAUCAUUUGGCAUGCUUCAGGGAUGCCGGAUGCGGCAUACAAAGACAGAAUAUGUGUCUUGUCCAUCUUGUGGAAGAACGCUCUUCGAUCUCCAGGAGAUCAGCGCAGAAAUCAGAGAGAAGACAGACCACUUACCAGGUGUAUCGAUUGCUAUUAUGGGUUGCAUCGUGAAUGGACCUGGAGAAAUGGCUGAUGCUGACUUUGGGUAUGUGGGUGGCGCUCCGGGAAAAAUUGACCUCUAUGUCGGCAAGGAAGUGGUAAGAAGAGGGAUCGCCAUGGCAAUGGCCACCAAUGAGCUCAUUGGUCUCAUCAAGGAGCACGGCCGUUGGGUAGACCCCGAACCAACUGAAACCUAGGGGAGGAAAGUAUGAAGAAUGCGACUAAGGGUGGACCUCACAUACUUUUAAAGACGGUCAUUAGGAUCCAAAAUCACGCAACUGUAUUUCAACGUUCGUAUUGAAAACCUCAUUCUAGAUUCCAAUUGAAACCUUACUAUUGCCUACUGGUACGUCAUGAAGCUCAACGUCAAUUACAAGGAAAGCGGGUGCUGCUCUGUGGAUUGUAAUUGUCUCCUUCAAUAUACACUACAAAAGCCUCCACUUGUUUUUCCACGACUCGAGGAUCCACAGACAGGUCACAAUUAUAAAACGUCAUAAAUCUCAUUAAUUUUUUUUCAACAUGUUUAUAAGGUAUCUUUUACAAUAAUAACAAUAAAAACAUAUAACAGAUCUAAACCCAACAAUGUUGGAUUACUUUACUUUA